UAUAUAUAUAUAUAUAUAGAUUGUGUGUUCUAUUGGAAUAAAUAUUAGAGUCGAUUCAAGAUGCCAGUGGGCACAGGUAUUAGCUAUAGUGAGCAACACACACAUACCAUCAACCUAUAAAUAACCAAUCAGUAUUCGGUACUCAAGUUUCGAGUUUUGUGUUCCAAGAAAUCCAGAAUAAGGGUUUCCUCUAGUUUCGGUGAUAAUCUCCCUUGAGAUUAUAAGAACUGAGGCGUUUUCAGAGUUCAACCGCCAUUGUCACUCUCCUCUAUACGUCUCAACUCCCAGAGUUAAGGCGAUUCGUGAAUCGAGACCCAUGGAAAACUUUCAUGGCGGUAACAAUUACUCCAAACCUUCAAGAAUAAAAAUUCCGCCGGGGAUGAAGACACAGCAGUUGAUGAUUGGGAGCAGCGGCCGUUACCAGACCAGUGCCAUUAGCGCAACCUUCGAUUCGUUUGCCGAUAAUCCUGACCACAACUCUUCGAUCAUUAGGUACUUGCGCUCUGGUUCUGCAAUCGCCGGAAAUCUUGCAUUGGCCGAAGAAAAGGUGAUCGAUGCUACAAAACAUUGUAAUCCGUUCCAUCAUUACGGCGGUAAUGGUAAUUCUGGACACAGCGGUUUCGUUUCCAGAGGAUUCGGAUCGUCGUCUGUGUUGUCGCCGAUGAAGAACAUGAUGGACCGGUCGUCGCAGGUUUACAGGACACCAGUGAAGGCGGUGGAGGGAGAGGAAGUUUUGGUAAUGGACGGAGUUCCGGUUAGUAACGGAGUUGGAAGCUCUCGCUACAGCUCCAAAAUUCAGGUUUCUUUCUUUCCCUGUUCUUUUAACUAUAAAAUAAUGUAUGUUUUGAUAAGGAAAAGUAGUUUCCGUAAGAACACAUCCAAUGCAGAGUUUUUAAUUUUGUGUCGUUUGUUAAUUCAAAAACUUUCAAGUAAUUUUAUCUUAUUAAAGAAAGUAUUAUAUGAAUAGUCAGUCGGGGCAUAUUUACCAAAAGUUGGAUAUUAGGGAAUACAACAUAUUUACGAUAUGUUAUGCCAAGUAGUCGGUUUUACAUUUUUGAAACAUUUAUAGUUGAUCCUUCUCAAAUAUUGGGGGAAGUAGAUAUGCUUUUUAAAGCUCUGAAGUCUUGAUUUUAGAGUCUGCUAAAGUGAAUAUAGUUACAGUACAUCUUUCUUUCUAUAAAAGACAUAUUUUGCAUUACCAUGGUGGUCUAAUCAAUACCCUUUACUAAAGAAGCUAUACUCGAAAGGAUUCUGGAACUGGUAUAUUCUCUCUAGUAAAAGUAUUUGGCUAGAUUGUUGCACAAGGAACCAAUUUUUUUUCAUUUGUUUUUAGUUGUUCUCUAGUUAUGGUACUAUGUUGUUUACCAUUGACUCUAUCCAAUCUUUGCCCUUUCCUUUUAUUUGCUUUUCUAAAUGAGCCUAUUUGUUGCUUACUACAUUGCAACUUGGAAGUUUCAAUUUGUUUUUUUUUUUUUUGUUAUGUUAUCAUGCUUUUCUCUGCUUUUCAACUUGAUUGAGGGAUGACUUCUGAUCACAUUACUACAUUUGAUUUUGAUAUCAUAUUUGAAUUGAUGAAUCGCUUCUACACACUAGGCUGCUCAUGGAAAAGAAAACCUCCGUCCAACUCGUUUGAUCAACAAAAACAAAACCGAGGUGAUUGACCAUUAACACAGCAUCUUAUAGCUAAGUUGCUAAUCAUUCUAUCUUUCUAUUUCUCUGAGAUUUUGUUUGUUCAUGUCUAGACACCAGUGAGCAGCAAGCCUAAGAAUAGCCCAGGACAAUCCUCAUAUAGCCCAAAAUCCCCUCUUCGGGCUAUGACACCAACCCGAGCCACUUCACUCACCACAUCAAAGGGCACCACCUCCUUUGACAUGGCCUCAAGGGACUGGUGCCUUCAAGACGACGGUAUUAUUGUCGCUCUGCCAUGUUCUUCCUCAACCAAGAAAUCUCCAUCAAGAGAAAGUAUUAAUGCAUACAUCAAUGGGGUUCUCUAUGGCCCUGCCAAAAAGAGAUUGCCAGUAUUUUCUGAAAUUUGCUCUGACUAGUCAUCUAAAGCUGUUUGGUCACUGGACAAUUCAACAUACAUAUAGGUAUAAUACAUACACAUACCCCUCUUGCUCUUUUCAUACCGGAAGUUAAGACUUCCAUGGCUUUUAUUUCAUUUCAUAAUUCAUACCCCACUUUUUUCCCAGGAAAAAAAAUAAAUCAUCUUACCUAUAGCAUAUUAUAUUUAGAUUAAACUGAGUAUUGUCUUUACCUGGUUACAUAGUUUUGCUCAUUGAUCUGUUACCAGUUACUAUCCUUUCCUUCAAAUUAUAGGCACACAUAUUAGAUAUAUAGAUUUGGAUGAAAUGGUAUACAUAUAGAAACUCAAAUGACGAGGCUGAAUAUGUACACAAGACCUCCUCCAUAAUGAUUUUCUUUGGGCUUGAACCUUUUGCUAUUUUUGUGUAUGAGGAUGAGGUUUUAUUGUUGCUAUUUGCUAAUAGCAUUUCAAUUUCUCUACUUGAAUUAGGUGUAUUUUCUCAACUCAUUUUCAUUCUUUCCAAUUAUAGAGAAUGAUGUCUAUUUUUAUUAUUAUUUACUGCAGAUUUUCCCUUUCAGUAGUGGGAAGUAAAAGAAAUUGACAAACAAACAUAAAGAAAGAAUCAAUAUUCAAUACUUCAAUUUUUGUGUGUACUUGCCCUAUCUUUCUCAAAGAUUACAAAAUAAUGAGUUCAUGUUUCAAAUUCCUUGCAGUAUACACUUGUAUAUGGAUUUUGUUAUUUUCCAUUCGAAAUGACAAAAUGUCCUUGAGCUUUCAAUAUUGACACAAAAUUGUCUAGUUGAUAAAAGUGACACCUAAAAAAAACUACAUAUGGUUAGAAAUCUUUUAGUCUCCAAUUUAUUGUCUUUUAAAAAUUUCAUAUGAUACAUUGUAAGAGUUUUUUUUUUCUUCCAAAAAUGUUUGGUUGAUAUUUUUUAAAAAAUAUAUCUAUAGAAUGAUAAAUAUUUUAAAAGUUUUUAAUAAUAAUGAAAUAAAAUAAUUUGAAAGAGUAAGUGAUGAAAACUUUGGAUUUUUUUUUUACAUGUUUUCGUAAUUUUACAGUUUUUUUUUUUACUUUGUUUCUAAAAUUGUUUUAUGAGAACAGUAUCAAACACUUGUGUUCGAAAAACAUUUUUUAGCUUUCUUUUUUUUUUUUUAAAAAAAAAAAUAAUAAUAAAAGGUUUCAAAAAUUUAAAGGCACCUUAUAACUACAAAUGAAGACCGUCUUAGAAUAAAAAAUUAGAAUGCUAAAUAAUUUGCAUGCAUAAAAAUAAUUGUGCCUAGGUAAAAAAUACGUACCUUACUACAUUCCCUAAAAUUUUAUUUUGUAAUAACUGCCUUACCAUGUGAGGAAUUACUUAUUGCCAGUCAAAAUAGACAACACUUUAAUAAAUAUGAAUAAAUUAUUGUUUCUAUCAAUCUAGAAAAGAAGAAAAAAUUAUGCAUUAAAAGUUCAAUUUAAUUUAUAGAUAACACAUAUUAUAACGUGGUCCUAGUGGAAGUCGUAUCUCCACGACUUUAUUCAUAUUGUUUCUAACCAUUUUAUAUUUCUUUUCCCAUUUUUAAAAGUAAUAGAUGAAAUGUGACAAAGAAGGUGAUAAAUUUCAUGUACACACAAUUCAAAAAACAUAUUACAUAGGACUUCUUAUUUAUAUAAUAAUUUUUCUUCAAAUGCUGCCAACUUAAAAGCUGCCGAAACAAUUUACAUUAAUUCUACGAAAAAAAAAAAAAACUCAUUUCACCUAUAAAUCAUUUCUCCCUCUUCUCUAAACUCUCUCCACCUCCAAACCAAAAUAAAUAAAUAAAAUAAAUUUAAAAAUUAAAAAAGAAAAAGAAAUUGUGGAGAGAUCGAUGUGUGUAUAGCCCAACUAUAAUCAAACACACCCACACAAAAUGAGCUUGAUUUUAGGCUUAUUUUUUAGUCAAAUUCUUCUUAUUACCACCUCUAAUGCUCAGCUUAGAGUUGGGUUUUACGGCGGAUCAUGCCCCGCCGCAGAGGCCAUUGUCCGGACAGUAGUCCGAAACGCCGUCGUUGCAAACCCCAACACCGCCGCUAAGCUCCUUCGUCUUCAUUUUCACGACUGUUUUGUCCAGGGUUGUGAUGGUUCGAUUCUGAUUGAAAGCGUUCCUAAUGCGGAGAAAGAUGCAUUUCAGCACCAAGGUGUAGGAGGUUUUGAAGUUAUAGAUACGGCCAAAAGAGAAUUAGAAGUCAUUUGCCCUGGUGUUGUUUCUUGUGCUGAUAUUGUUGCCUUGGCCGCAAGAGACGCCAUUACUUUGGCUCGGGGACCGGUUUAUGAGGUGCCUACAGGGCGAAGGGAUGGUCGGAUUUCGAAUCUUCUUUUGGCGAGCGAUAUGCCAGAGGUUAGUGACUCAAUUCAGCUAAUAAAGGCCAAAUUUCUAAGGAAAGGGCUCACAGAUAGAGACCUUGUAGUCCUAACUGCUGCGCAUACUAUUGGAACUACAGCAUGCUUCUUCAUGACCAAAAGGUUGUACAACUUUUUUCCCAGAGGAGGAGGAUCCGACCCUGCCAUAAAUCCUAGUUUCCUUCCGGUGUUGAGGGCGAGAUGCCCCCUGAACGGUGAUGUGAAUGCACGACUGCCGAUCGACCAAGGGAGCGAACAAACAUUUGACAUCCACAUCAUGCAGAACAUCAUGAAUGGAUUUGCUGUGUUGGAGUCUGAUGCUAGGCUUAGAGACGAUGUCACCACAAGAACUGUAAUGGACUCCUACCUUGGUCUCUUUAAUAAUCCUCUCUUUAAUCGACCAUUUUUUCAAUCUGAUUUUGCUGACUCAAUGGUGAAGAUGGGCCAGAUUGGUGUCAAGACUGGUUUUCAAGGAGAGAUUAGGAGAACUUGUAGUAGAUUCAACUGAAAAAAUGAUGAUGAAAUGAUCAUCAUAUAAAAUAUUAUAUAAGAUCUGUAUGUACGUACCUCCAGCUAGUAUUAUGUUUACUGUUUAAUUAAUUAAUAAGCUUAAUUAAACAAUGGUGUCACUUAUAUUCAUAUUGAUUUGAGUUUUUGUAUUACAAACAACACACUAUAAAUAUUUUAUGACUAUAUAUAAAAAGUCUACCGCAUCAUCUCAGAGAAA